CACACAGGGGGACAGGGACACACACACAGGGGGACAGGGACAGGGACAAGGACUGGGCGCUGGGCCGGCGGGAGGGAGGAGGCAGCAGCCGCUGACUGCGCCGAUGGAUCUGCUGCGGUCGCUCGGACACCCGGAGGAGCUGCUCAACCUGAUCCGCUACAAGCUGGCCACCGGCACCAGGACCCGAGCCGCAGCCAAACGGCCGGAUGCGAUGAGUGAGACUCUGCGGACCUGCUACGUGUAUCUGAACCAGACCAGCCGCAGCUUUGCCGCCGUCAUUCAGGCUCUGGAUGGAGAGCUACGGCAGGCGGUGUGCAUCUUCUACCUGGUGCUGCGUGCUCUGGACACGGUGGAGGAUGACAUGAGCAUCCCGCUGGAGGUGAAGGUGCCCAUGCUGCACAACUUCCACACCUACCUCUACCUGCCUGGCUGGAGCUACAGCCAGAGCCAGCAGCGAGACGCUCAGGUGCUGCACGACUUCCCCUCGAUCUCCCUAGAGUUCCGCUCGCUGGCCAAGGUGUACCAGGAUGUCAUCGCCAACAUUUGCCACAAGAUGGGAUUGGGAAUGGCAGAGUUCCUGGAGAAGAGAGUGCAGUCCAUCAAGGAGUGGGACAUGUACUGCCACUAUGUAGCGGGGUUGGUGGGCAUCGGCCUGUCGCGGCUGUUUGCAGCAUCGGAGCUGGAGGAGCCGGUUGUCGGGGAGGACACGGAGCUGGCAAACUCCAUGGGGCUCUUCCUGCAGAAAACCAACAUCAUCCGCGACUACCUGGAGGACCAGCAGGAGGGCCGCGAGUUCUGGCCGCACGAGGUGUGGAGCAAGUAUGCGGACAAGCUGUCAGACUUCAGCAGGCCGGCAAACCUGCAGGCAGCGCUGCAGUGCCUCAACGAGCUGGUGACCAACGCACUACAGCAUGUCCCCGACGUCAUCACAUACCUGUCCCGUCUACACAACCAGAGCGUCUUCAACUUCUGCGCCAUCCCACAGGUGAUGGCCAUUGCCACCUUGGCCGCCUGCUACAACAACCCGCAGGUGUUCCGCGGGGUGGUGAAGAUCCGUAAGGGCCAGGCAGUGACCCUGAUGCUGGAGGCGACCAACAUGGAGGCGGUGAAAGGAAUGUUCCGGCAGUACUCUGGAGUGAUCCGACAGAAGGUUCCCAGUGCGGGGAUGUCGGGGGUGGGGACGAGACAGAUCGUGCAGAAGGUGGAGGCGCUGAGCCAGAGUGAGACAGAGCUGGUGUCCCACGGCCACCUGUCACCCAUCUACCUGUCCUUGGCCAUGUUCCUGGUGGCGGUCAGCUGGCAGUACUGGCAGACGCUGACCCACAGCUCGGAGGAGUACCGGCCCAGCCAGUGAGUGUCCUGGCCCGCAGCUGCUGGAGACUGGGCACCAGGGGGCGCCAGAGACACAGCCGGCAUCUGCUAUCCCAGCAGGGAAUGGACCAUGGUCACUGUGUGUACAGGGAGCUUGGUGCCUUGUCUCCAACAUCACCCCUGCCUGGGGCAACAACGGGCGCACACGCAGGCACACACACUCGCACAAGCGCACACACACUCACUCACUCACACAUAUGUACGCACGCGCACACACUCGCACACACGCACGCACACACUCACGCACGCACAAACACAUAUGUAUGCACACGCACACACACUCUCACACUCGUAUUCACUCUCACACUUACACUCACGCACGCACACACUCACACAUAUGUGUGCACACACUCACACACGCGCACACACACACACUCUCACACUCAUAUUCACUCUCACACUUACACCCACACACGCAUUCACACAUAUGUAUGCACACAUACACGCACACACACGCACGCACAUUCACACUCACACACACUCAUACACUCACACUUACACACACUCACACACACUCACACUCAUACAUGCUCACACACAACGGUCAGCCCACUGGGACCAGCGUCUGGGAUGUCAGGACUAAUGUCUAAUGCCUUUUACUAGCUGCCUGCACCAUCCGCUGGGCAGCACCAGCCCCCAGCCUCUUCCCCAGUGUUUAACGGGACUGUAGAGUGGGAAGUUUUUGGUCAUGUUUAACCUGUAUGUGUGUGUGUAGCUGGCGUGUUGAAGGAGCUUCAGCUUCCCACCCGCCUAACACCACGGCAACUUUGUAGUGGAAUCAUUUUUGAGGCUUCAAGUUGUUUUGGGGAAUGGGGUCAGAGGUCAAUUUAAUUAGUGUAAACUUGUUGAUUGAAUGAAUGCAAUAAAGAGUUUUCCAUGUUGGUGUGUGUAACCCC